UUAUUCUCUCUCACAUUCUUUCUGGGUUUCUCAUCUCAUAUUCGAAGAUAACCAGAAUUAUUUCUUUUCUCCCUCAAAAAAAUGACGACGAGCUUAGAUCGUUGGGAGAAGGAUCCUUUCUUUCCCGCUGCUGAAGAGGUUCAGGAAUCUGCUGACAGGAUGGAAUCAGCUUACAGGACAUGGAUCAAGCGAGGCUCGUCGAACGUAUGGGACGACUCUGAUCAGCUUCACAGAGACCUCCACGCCGCUCUCGGAACCACCAAAUGGCAGUUAGAUGAAUUCCAACGAGCUGUUCAAUCUAGCUACCACAACCGUCAGAGCGACGAAACUCGAGACAGGCACCGCGAGUUCACUCUCGCUAUGGAGACACAAGUUGCCAAAAUCGAGAAGUCUCUCAAGGAAGCUGACGGCAAAGGAACUCCGAGAUGGAUUCGUCUGGACGAAGAUGACCGCAACGAGCUCGCACUCUUCUUGACCGGACCCUCUGAAUCCGAAAGGAAACAGCUUUCUAUAAAUGGACAUAGAAGGGCGGCUAGUGCUACUACUCCUGUUGAUAUCGGUUCUUGGAACAUUGCUGUUUCCGACGACCAGAAACCUCUCGGUGAGACGCCGUUGGUUCGACCUCCGAGGAAAGUUCCUAGCGUCUCUGGCUUCUUGAACCAUAUGGAACCGAAAAAUUGUGUUAGAAAGUGGAAGGCUUUGGAUCGUCUAGGAGAUUCUGAUGCUGCUGCGUUGUUGCCUAUCCAAACGAAUCAACAAGGUGUGAAUGGGUGUUUUGAGAGGGACAAGAGCUGUAUGGAGUGUGAGGAGGAGUGUUAUGAUAAGCAGCUUCAUGGUUGGUAUGGAGCUUUGCAGAGGCAACUUCAGCGGUCUCAGUAUCAAAUGCGUUAUAGCAAAUCUGUUCAAGCUACUAUUUGGAUUCUUCUUUUAGUUUUUCUUAUAGGUAAUAAUAUAUUUCGCAUGCAUAUUAGAAACCAAUGGUUAUGUUUUUGAGAUGGCCUGUUUUGUCAUUGCAGUGGUAGUGGCAGUGCACAGAAUGUAGAAGAAGACAGGUACGGAAGAGCAUGUUAGAGUUCAUUCAUCUUCUGUGUAACGGGUUGUUCAACUGGCGAAAGUCUACAUUUUUACUGUACAGUAGUAAUUCCACUGUUAUCGAUUGUUUUGUAACAUAGAAAUGCAGUUUUGGUUCGAUUUAUUCAUUGAGAAAAGUAAGGAUCUUGGUUACCACCAAAUCGAGUAAGCAAGCAUAUUCGAGAUUGGGAACAUUGUGAGAAUGGAUGUUUUGUAAUUCAGAAAUGCAUCUUUCAUUCGAUUAUGUUCAUUUGUAUGAGGGACAACUAAAAUAAGUACUCUGAGAAAAAGACUGAAGGAUAUUUUGAUUUGAAUUAAUACUGUGUUCGUAA